UUGUCGUCUGCUCAAACCUUGGUGUUUUGUGUCCUGCUGCAGACUUCUGCGCCGCUCGGACCUUUUCCGUCGUUUGGAGCACGUUGCACAGAGAUGCCUCAGAGGAGUUCCAGGAGAUGCUUCGGUGGCAAUCUGUCUUUUACAACGCAAGUUACAAAUGAAAUUUAGUAACUAACAGCUCACUGCUCACCUGAUCUCCAAUAGACUUCCUGUAACACUCAGAAGGGGGGGUGAGAGGAGAAGGGCCCGAGGUCACCAUGAAGCUGAAGCAGCGAGUUGUGCUGUUGGCCAUCCUCCUCGUCAUCUUCAUUUUCACAAAAGUUUUCCUCAUUGACAACCUGGACACCUCAGCCGCCAACCGGGAGGACCAGCGCGCCUUCCACCGCAUGAUGGCCAGCCUGCGUGUGGAGCUGGACCCCCGGCUCGAGCACACCUUGCAGUCCCCGUGGGAGAUCGCGGCCCAGUGGGUCGUGCCCCGCGAGGUGUACCCCGAGGAGACGCCCGAGCUGGGGGCGGUAAUGCAUGCCAUGUCCACAAAGAAAAUCGUCAAAGCUGACGUGGGAUACAAAGGGACCCAGCUGAAAGCUUUGCUGAUACUUGAAGGAGGGCAGAAGGUUGUUUUCAAACCUAAGAGGUAUGCCAGGGAUUAUGUAGUGGAAGGAGAACCGUAUGCUGGCUAUGACAGACACAAUGCAGAAGUGGCAGCCUUUCACUUGGAUAGGAUUCUGGGGUUCCGACGAGCUCCGCUGGUGGUUGGCAGGUUUGUGAAUCUACGAACGGAGAUCAAACCAGUUGCCACAGAGCAGCUUCUGGGUACCUUCAUGACUGUGGGUAAUAACACUUGCUUCUAUGGAAAGUGCUACUAUUGUCGGGAAACAGAACCGGCUUGUGCAGAUGGGGACAUCAUGGAGGGGUCAGUGACUCUCUGGCUACCAGAUGUCUGGCCUCUUCAGAAGCAUCGGCACCCGUGGGGUAGGACUUACCGUGAGGGCAAACUUGCCAGAUGGGAGUACGAUGAAAGCUACUGUGAUGCUGUGAAGAAAACUUCACCCUACGACUCGGGCCCCCGCCUGCUGGAUAUCAUUGACACAGCAAUAUUUGACUAUUUAAUCGGGAACGCUGACCGGCAUCACUACGAGAGCUUUCAGGAUGAUGAAGGAGCCAGUAUGCUCAUCCUUCUGGAUAAUGCCAAAAGCUUUGGCAACCCUGCCCUGGAUGAAAGAAGCAUCCUAGCUCCCCUUUAUCAGUGCUGCAUCAUCAGGGUUUCUACCUGGAAUAGACUCAAUUACCUGAAGAAUGGAGUACUGAAAUCUGCCUUAAAAACUGCUAUGUCGCAUGACCCCAUCUCACCAGUGCUUUCUGACCCUCAUCUGGAUGCCCUGGACCAGCGGCUUCUCAGCAUUCUGGCUACAGUGAAACAGUGCACAGACCAGUUUGGGCCAGAUGUUGUGCUGGUGGAAGACAGGAUGACACUGUCUCAUUUGUAAUUGCAGUGGAACACAGAGGAAACUCCCUUUAUAAGAAACAAACAAACAACAAAACAAAAAAAAAAGAGAAAAACAGCACAAUCGGUUCUGAAAGGCUGGGGCCAAGAUGGACUGAAAUGAACAGGAGAGCUUCCGAGCCAGAGAAACAGAGGUGAUGCUGGCUUUUACCUUGGGCUGACAGCAGUGAGAGGUGGGAAGUUUGAGCCUUGCACGGCUCAGUACCUGUAAGGGCAUCGUGGCCGUUGUGGUGUGUCCAUUGCCGGCAGUGGACGUUGCACUGGAUAAAAAUGGCUCUCGGUGUUGGUGCAAGUGUAUGGAAUACAGACACUAAUGUGUGGACUGAUUUUAGGGGACAAAUGGAGAUGAACAGUCUGAUCCUCCUCCCUUCUCUUCCCCACGUACGCUCUUGCGAGUUUUGUUUGAUUCAGGGUUGCACAUGAUCAGCUGUGAGCUGGUUAGGUAUAUUACUGCUUCUUUAGAAAAUGAGGAACUGGUGAACAAAAUAACGCUUAGACUGAAUAGUUGCCCCCCUCAGGGGGUGGGAGGCUCUUCGGAAUGCCAUUAGGGUGGGAGUGGUGACCUCUCACCUCAAUUGCCCUCAAUAAAAACUGGGGAAGGGAGUUGCCUUUUGUGAUAACGUUUCAGUUUUAUCGCUGAAGUCCUAUCAAAGAUUUAUGCACAGGGUUGAAGACUUAGAGGAGGACAGGGUGGUUAUAAGCACUUGACAGUUAAGGAGUUAAAAUAUGUUCCCACGUGUCCUUCGCUGUUUCCCAUUUGUAAGGAACCUGGCAAGGUCUGAGUUGGGGAAACACCCCUCCACUCUUAUGUCAAUAUUAACCAAAUGUUUAUUAUAUUGUAGCUGAGGAGGAGGAGGACAGGGUCUGUCCUUGGAAGCAGAUUCCAUUUAGCGAAGUCGUGCUGCUUACUGCAUGCCCUGUUUAAUUUGGAGAAUCUGGACGUGCCGUGCUGCUGAAAAAGAGGUAUAUUGAUGGACUUCCCAGUAACCUACAGCCAUGGGAAGGGCCCUGAAGGGUGGAGAGAACCCUGAGCUAAUCUCAUAUGGAGAGAGCUUCUUGCUGCUGUAAGCACGGCUCAGUGCUGCUGUUCUGUGGAGCACCAGCAGUUUUUCAGGCCCACCUUCUGCCUGGACUGUCUUGUGGCUGAGCUCUGAAGCUGUGAGCUUACUUUCUUACUUGCAGUAAGAAUUCUGCCUUGCCCAGCUGCUUCCUGCAACCCACGCUGUGCUGUGCUGACAGGGGGGCGGCCAUCCUGGAGUCCUUGUUCCUGAUGGUUUUGCUGUAAGGUGAGGAACCGGCCGUGCCUGUUGGCUUUGCAGAGCGGACGAGCAGCACUCCUCUGUGCUAGUCCUGUCAUCCCUCAGCACUGUGUGCCAGUCUGUACUGCAGAUGAGCUUGUGCCCCUUGAAACUUGCCACACUUGUGGUAGGGACUCAAUCUGCCUCCAGAAGGGAAACGGCUUCCAUUGUACUUCCAAAUUUACCAGCUUCACGUCAAUUUUCAGUUCAGACAGUAUGGAACUUAAAAGUAAGGAAACAGAUCACUUCCCAAAGUGAUUACAGAUUAUUGGAUUUAUGAGCCAGAGCAGCAAAAUGUCAGCUCAAGAUCUUUUUCUUGAUUUGUCUGUCAACAUCUUUCUAGCUCUGCAGCAGGGUGACAGGCAGAUAAAAUGAGGAGCUGCUUCCUGUUGCUUGCACCUGCUGCCAUACCUGAUCAAAGAGGUGUUAGUGAAAGAGUUUAUUUUUAAAAGGAAUUUAGUUUGAGGUCUUUGUACUGCCUAAGCAGAGUAUCUCAGAAGCAGAAUGCGACUGUUUUCCGGAAAUUGGCUUUUAUGUUUUUGUAGACAUCUUUCAGACUUGGCUGCGACACAGACUCAGGUUUGGGCUAGAAUUACUUCUUAGUGGUGCUAGUUAAGGCUGACACACGACCAGUUUUUGGACGCUGGUGUUAAACUGGUGCCCAUUUCUUGCUGUACAGGAUAAUGUAACACAUGCACUGCAAGCCACGGUCCUUUGUGCAUGUAGGCAGUGUGGGCAGUGCCUUGUGUGUCCCCUUUGCACAGAGCCAGGGGCUGGUAGCUGGGUUUGAGCAGGGGUAGGAGCUGCCAAGGGCUGACCUGUCUGUCACUGCCUGCGUUGCCCUGUGGGCAGGUGUGAGCAGUUGGGGCUGACAUUGCUGGAGGUACUGUGGGCAGCAGGUAGCUGGGGAAUGCUCUCAUUCUGAAGCAGGAGAGGCGUCCACCGAGGCAUUUGGACAUAAGGCUGUUUCCCAAAAAGUUCAAGAUGAUUUACACAAAAGGGGAGACUAUAAAGCACAUUGUGUUUAUUUUUUACUCUUCCUUUUUUUUGAGCACUUAAUGUUUUGGGAUGGAUCUGCAGAAAUUCGAAGUUCUGAUUUGACCACUCUUAAGUCAUUUACAACAGACUUUAACAACAGAUUUGAAAAAAAGCAUCUCUGUCUUUAUGAAAUGAAAUUAAUGUUCAGUGCUUUAUGCUUUGUAUGUCAUGGGCUUCUACACCAAAGCUUUUGCAGUCAGAUCGCUCUUGGAGAUAAGUUUUCCAUCAGUAUAUAUAUCAAAGAUUUAAAGCACUGUAUUGGUUUAGUUGUAAGCAAAGGGCAUGAAAUCAAGCAUCGUGAUUUAGAAGUAAGCAGGAGAUAGGUGCUUUCUUUUUCUCUUUUUGUAUUUGUGUCAUAUUGAUGCUUCUGGUCACUGUAAGCACUGCUGGAGCUUGGUGUUCUGCAGCAGGGAGGAAGAAUCAAUUCCUCUCUUACCCAAAAUCAGGAAGAUCCAGUUUUGGCAUUGUGAGAAUCUCUGGUGUUCUGGCAGCAAUUAUUGAUUUGUUUGAAUGCGGAUCCCUGAGAAAUGUUAAACUCAAUGGUAACCAUUGCAAAGGAAAUAAGCAGCAGCAUCCACGUGCAAACCAGGAUCUGCUUGAAUCUCUGGCAGUAGUGCCACCUGUGGGGCAGGUGCUACAUUCUUAAGGCGAUGAGGGUUUGUGGCGUUCUAAUUCUUGUUCACUUUGCACACUGUAAUUCCUGGCUGCAGAUGUCACCAAACGGUUGUGCCGUGGAUGGUAGUGGUGGCAGAGCGCUUGAAGCACAGAAACCAAGAACUAAUUAAAAAGAAACAGCAGAUGGCUGAUGAUGCUCUGUCUCCUCCUUCCUAAGUCAGCACUUGGGCUGGAGGAGCCCCUGAGACUGGCUCCUCUUCCAACAGCUAGUGAACUGGAGUGUGUCUUGCCAAACAAACUUCAACUGAAAAAUAAUAAUUUAUUAAGAAGGUAAUUUAUUUGCUGUGGCAGCUGGAGCAAGAUGCUUGAAACAGACACCCCUGUUGGAGCUGUCAGAGGAUUGCCCUUGGGAACAGCUGCACAAAUGGAGGUUGCUAAUGAGAAAACAGAGUGCAAUCACAACUUUCUACUUGUAUCCCCAAGGGGCGGGUUCUGCAUAAAGGAACAUUGUGUGAAUAAAGAUUUUAAUAAAGCA